UGCGUUGACCCUUGAAGGUUGAAGAAACAUGGCCGCUUCCGUUGCGAGAAAUCUCCAGCUGUACGUUGGAAGAGUCGCCUGGACUGUGGGACAAAAGGAGCUGAAGGAAUACUUUACACAGUUUGGUCCAGUAAAGAGAAUCAGGUUACCAUGGAAUAAGGACACUGGCUUCCACAAGCAGUAUGCCAUUGUACAAUAUCGGACAGAGGAAGGCAUGAACAAUGCCUUGGGGAGAGAGACACACCUUCUGGAGGGAAGCAAGAUGCUGGUGCAAAGAAAACAGCUGAACUCCAAUAGCUCAGAACAGUCCAGAAGAGGUCUGGUGGACCAAAAUCCCCAGUAGUAGUAAAUUAGGAAACCUGCAUUAACUUUAACAUAACUCCUCGUGUCAGACAAUACAAACUGUAACUGAGUUUCCUGUUCUU